AUGACGGAUGUGGAGGCGACCUAUGAGGACUUCAUCGCCUCUCAACGGUCCGGCCGAAGGAACGCCAUCCAUGAAAUCCCAGAUGCCCCUGGGGUGCAGGGACCUGCUGACCUGUCCCAGAGUCUGGCACAGCUCAACAUCAACAAGCCAGGUGAGAAUGUCAUUUUCAGACAUCAUGUUUCGUGGCGGAAGCAGAGGCUCAUGAAGGAGUGAGGACAACUUAGAAUGAACCAGCUACUGGGAAGACAAUUCAGAGUGACUAUGGGAAAUUUUGAAAAUGUGCUUGUCAUUGCAACAACCAGGGCUGCAGAUGGUGGUACAGUAUCUGUUACUACCACCAGGGGGUGCCAAAGCACAAAAUUUAUCUGUAUUAAGUAGUUCAAAACAUAGACUGUAAAUAGAAUGGAUGCAGUCUGCACCCUUGUUGGGUGAAGCCACUCCGAGAACAGCACACUCUGGCGAUUUUUUCCGUGAUUGACACUUGAUACAGCCUAUGGGCGUACGCAGAUUGCGUAGCUCAACUGGGGGCUUCAAAUCCGUAAACUGGCAGAGGGUGAAACCAAGUUGUCUAUAGUGUGUACAGUCUAUGGUUCAAAAGUGGUAUUUUGUACAAGAAAUAGCGUACUCAUUUGGAGCCGUUGUUUUGGUGUUUUUCUGCCUCUACAUCUAUCGUCACUGGUCUACACCCUCCCCGUCGGUCAACUGUCAGGCGACCAAUCAUCACUGUGCCUCAUUAUCACGGCACUUCCGCCCCCUCUGAUCACUUUAUGAAUUAUGAAGUUGGAAGCAAUGGUACUGCAGAUCCUCCAGGAAGGCUGAAUUUUUGAUGUUCUUGCAACUGAAUUGAAAACCUUGCUUAAAAAACACCUCCAUGAGAGACUUUUAGAGUGAAAAAAACAUAGUAUAGUUGUCGUGUUUUGUCUAAGUGUUUGAUAUUCUAAGAAACCCAAUUAUUAAAAUGUAUCCUCAUUUAAUCCACUCUGCAUGCUAUGAGCUACCGCGAGUUGUCUUUUCUCUCCCUCCACCUUGGUGGAUUGUGUGUUUGCCCUUUUCUCCCUGACUCCCUCGCUGAUUCAACCAACCUCAUUCGCAUCACUGCCCCCACACUACUUACUUAUGCAUGAAACUGACUGAAUCUGUCUCCCUCUGUCUGUCAGGUGAUGAGGGAGAAGACACAGAGAAGAGCCAGGACUCUACAGCUAAAGAAGAGGAGACACAAGCUGAGAGCAGCUAA